AUGGAAUCAAAUGAAAAUGAUCAUAAUGAAGUUAAAAGUAAAUCUGAAGAAAGUUAUGACGAAAGGGAUCGCAAGCACAGAUCACACAUAGGACGCCAUUCAAAAAGGGACAACUCCCGAAAAAGGAGUCGGUCAAGAUCGGAUCGAAGAAACUCAUCGAAUGCAAAUAAUGACGAUGAUUCUAAAAGUGAUAGACGACGAAAAAAAAGAAGUGAUGCAAAAUCAGAGAGCAAUGAAAAUUCAGAUGAUAGCGGUUCAGAAAAAUCAAACCAUAGUAGUUCUGAUGAACAUAGAAGAAGAAGAAGACGUAGCAGAGAAAGAAGAGAAAGUCGAAGAAGUAUAGAACGAGAUAAUAGUCGAGGAAGGCAUAGCCGACGAGACCGAGACAGAGACAGAGAUAGAGAUAGGGAUCGGGACCGAGAUAGAGACCGCGAUCGUGACCGAGAUGGACGAAGGAAAAGAAGACCCAGACUAAAUAGAAAUAUAUCAUCAUCUCAUGAAAGAUCAAGAUCAAGAGAAAGAAGAAGAAGAAGAUUACAAGCUGAAUGUAUAAGAAGAUCAGGAGGUUUUAAAAAAUUAGCAGAUAUGGAAGGACAUGAAACUACAAAUGUUUUUUGGGAUGGUUUUCAAUGGGUAGCUAAAACAAAUAAUAAUAAUAAUCAAUUAGAUCCAGCUGUUAUGAAUUCAACAAGAAAACUACGAAGAUUAUAUUUUGGAAAUUUGCCACUCCAUUUAGGAUUAACUGAAAAUGCAUUUCAAGAAAUAGUAUGGGAUGAAAUGAAAAAAAGAAAAUUUUGUAAUAAUGAAAAUAUAAAUCCUGUUUUAUAUGUUUGGUUUGCUAAAGAUAAAGGAAAUUAUGGUUUUGUUGAAUUUUCAACUGUUGAAGAAACAGAAAAAGCUUUAACAAUGGAUGGUAUGUUAUGUAAAGGCGUUGCAAUAAAAAUAUCACGUCCUAAUGAUUACUCUACAAAUUCAGUCAAGCAUAAUCAAAGCAUCUUAAUUAAUAAACAAAAUGUUAAUUUACUUGCUGCACUUAGUGCCAAUUUACAAGCCGGAAUACCAGGUUCUGUCAAUGUCACAGAUAAUAUGAAUUUUACAAACUUAUAUGGAAAUAAACCACUACCUCCCCCUGGUGCUCCCCCAGGACCCCCACCUUUAUCAACUCUCAAAGAAAUGAAUGAUCAAAAUAUACAAACAAAAUAUUUACGAGUUUUAGAAAUUGUAUCUCCUGAAACAAUUAAUGAUGAAGAUUAUGAAUCCAUAUUAGAUGAUAUAAAAGAUGGAUUUCAUAGUCAAGGAAUUAUUAUAAAUGCUGUUUUAAUAAAUAAAGAAUAUUCAAAGAAUACUCCAUUUAAUGCUGGUGAUGUAAUUAUUGAAUUUGAAAAUACAAAUUCAGUUGAUAAUAGUAUCAUUACUAUGUCUAAUAGAAAAUAUGAGGGAAAGCCAAUACGUAUGUCUAAGAUGGAUGAAAAUACUUACAAUACAUAUAUAACUCCGAUAAUUGAAAAAAUAUACGAUAAAAAAAAAUGA